AUGUCGACCGUAUUUUACCGCUGGGGCGCUGGUCGCGAUGAAUCCCGAGUAACCUUCGAUGGCACCCACAUCUCCGUCUUCGACCUCAAGCGGGAGAUUAUUCUGGCCAAUAAGAUGGGUAACGGAAAGGAUUUUGAUAUUGGGGUCUAUGACAAUGUGACCGGUGAAGAAUUGAAGGAUGACAACCAUCAAAUCCCUAGAUCGUCCUCCCUCAUCGUUCGCCGGAUGCCUAGUACGAUUCGAGGUCGUGGCAAUGCACAAAAUUACAUUAUCGGUACGGCCGCUGCUGAUGCUUUGGCGAAUGAUCAUAGGAUCGAAGCCCAUGCGAAAGAUGCUAUGAAAGAGAAAAUGGCUCGUGCUGCUAGAGGAGCAGGAGGAGCUUAUGGGAGUUUGACUAAGCGGUUUGAUGGGAAGGAGGAGAAGAGACCUGAUGAAGUUCAAAUAACCACUGGUGACGCCGAUGAAGAUGCUAGGAUUCAGGCCAUGUUGGGUCAAGAAGCCAAUCAAUGGGAGCAGACAUUAGAAGACAUGUCAACACAAGCUCGACCCAAUACACAAUUUCGCAACAAACCUCGCCCACCCGCCGGAGGAUCACCUGCCGGCGCGGGAAAAUUCGAAUUCACCGCUCCUGACACCGAACCUCCUGUGGGAUACAUCUGUUACCGAUGUGGACAAAAGGGACAUUGGAUACAGAACUGUCCUACGAACGAAGAUCCUAAUGCUCAAGAACGGAAACGAUUCGUUAGAGUUACGGGUAUCCCUCGAAGUUUCUUGAAGACGGUGGAGACACCUGCAGGAGCUGAGGGUUCUUCAGGGGGCGCUAUGCUCACGGCCGAUGGAGGAUUCGUCAUGGCUGUUCCGGAUCAACGACAGUUCAAGAAGCAUGUUGCGUCGAAACCACGGACUUUGACUGGUGCUGAAGUGCGCGAACAACAACCCACCGAGGCGGAAUUGACAUGUCCUAUCUGCAAAAAACUCGUCUGGGAGGCUGUCCGUACGCCUUGUUGUCAAACGUCUUAUUGCGAAGAAUGUAUCCAGAUUCAUCUCCUCGAUCGAGACUUUGAGUGUCCCUCAUGUGAAAGCAAAAUACCAAGUUUAUCCAAGCUCGAACCGGCUCUAGACUUACGGCAACGUGUCAAGGUAUACGUGGAUGGAGAGGUCGAGAGAAGUGCCAGGGAGGAACGAGAGGAUAGGGAACAAGAAGAGGCAGAGGCGAAGUUGCGUGGAGGUGAUGGGACAGCAACGGCCAAGGCGGAAGAAGGCGUAGUGGAUACUUUAGGAGAAGGUACUUCGGGAACGAUCACCGCACCAACUCAGACACAUAAACUCGACCCUGCCAAAUUACAAGAAAUGUUGAAUCCCCAAACCAUGCAGGUGUAUAUGACACAAAUUGCUAGAAUGAUGCAGAAUCCUCAAGUCGGUCCUCAAGCACGAGCGCUCUUGCAAGCACAAGUCCAAAUGGUACAAACCGGUGUGAUGCAGAUGCAAAUGCUAGCAGCGACCAACAUGAUGGGCAGGGGGAUGGGAAUGCCUAUCGGCGGGAAUAUGAUGUCGACCGGACCGAACUUCAGCGGUGCUGGUGGGAUGGACAUGAACGGAUCGAUGGGAAUGGGAAUGGGUGGAAACGGGGAAGGUUUCGGAAUGGGAAUGGGAAUGAAUGGGAGAAAUAUGGGAAUGGCCAUGCAGGGAGGAGGGAAUAUGGGUGGUGGACGUGGAAGAGGAGGGAGAGGGUUUGGACCUAGAGGCAGGGGAGGUUUAAACCCUAACGGGAGAAAUCUACCUAUACCACAGGUACGACCUCCAAAGAGGCAAGGGGAGGAGUUUGAGGGGUACCCGGAUAAACAACAGAGAGUAUCUUAG